UGUCAUCAUCUUCUUCUUCUGUCGGAGACAACGUAUAUUUUUUCUCUCUCUAAAUCUGCAACAGGACAAGAUAGCAGAAUCUUAGCAUAAAGAAAUGAAAAUGGAGAAGAUUUUUUGUAUGGUUUUGUGUUUCUGCUUGUUUGUUUCUGUUUCUGAAGCUGAGUACUUGAAAUACAAAGAUGCAAAGAUGCCUGUAGGAGUUAGAAUCAAAGAUCUAAUGCGAAGAAUGACACUUGAAGAAAAGAUUGGUCAAAUGGUGCAGAUUGAACGAACUGUUGCUUCACCUGAUGUCAUGAAGAACUUCUUCAUUGGGAGUAUAUUGAGUGGUGGAGGAAGUGUACCAUCUCCAAAAGCUUCUGCUCAAGAAUGGGUUAACAUGGUUAAUGAAUUUCAAAAGGGUUCUCUUUCAACCCGACUUCAGAUUCCUAUGAUAUAUGGAAUUGAUGCCGUUCAUGGCCAUAAUAAUGUUUAUAACGCCACCAUUUUUCCUCAUAAUGUUGGUCUGGGUGUCACCAGAGAUCCAGUGCUUUUGAAGAAGAUUGGAGCUGCAACUGCACUUGAAGUUAGAGCUACUGGAAUUCCAUAUACAUUUGCCCCAUGCAUUGCGGUUUGCAGGGAUCCGAGAUGGGGGCGUUGCUAUGAGAGUUAUAGUGAAGAUCCUAAGAUAGUUCAACUAAUGACUGAAAUCAUUCCUGGUUUGCAAGGUGAUUAUCCAGCUAAUGCUGCACAGAAAGGUGUUCCAUUUGUUGCUAAUGACAAGACGAAAGUUGUGGCAUGUGCGAAACACUUUGUUGGGGAUGGUGGAACAACCAAAGGGAUAAACGAAAACAACACAGUUGUCAGCACAAAUCAAUUGUUUCAAAUUCAUAUGCCGGCUUACAUUGAUUCUAUCAAGAAAGGUGUUGCUACUGUUAUGGUUUCUUAUUCAAGCAUCAAUGGUGUAAAGAUGCAUGCCGAUGGUAACCUUGUUACUGGAUUUCUCAAGAACAGACUCAAAUUCAGGGGAUUUGUGAUUUCAGAUUAUCAGGGUAUUGACAAGAUCACAUCUCCACCCCAUGCUAAUUACUCAUACUCUGUUGAAGCCGGAGUUCUUGCCGGAAUUGACAUGGUUAUGGUUCCUUUGGAAUACAAGGAAUUCAUUGAUGACUUAACUUUACAAGUGAAGAACAAUAUCAUUCCAAUGUCAAGAAUCGAUGAUGCUGUCAAGAGAAUCCUGAGAGUCAAAUUUGUAAUGGGUCUCUUUGAAAACCCAUUGGCUGAUUUUAGCUUGGUUAAUCAUCUCGGAAGCAAGGAACAUAGGGAAUUGGCUAGGGAAGCAGUGAGGAAAUCAUUAGUUCUAUUAAAGAAUGGUAAACCAGGCUCUACACCACUAAUUCCAUUACCCAAGAAAUCACAAAAAGUACUAGUCGCCGGCGUUCACGCCGACAACCUAGGUUACCAAUGCGGCGGAUGGACGGUGGAAUGGAAGGGCGUUAAUGGAAACGACAGAAUAGUAGGACCAACAAUACUAGACGCAAUCAAGAAAAGCAUAGAUCCAACCACAACCCAAAUCGUGUACAAUGAAAACCCAGAUGCCAAUUACGUCCAAUCUGAGAAACCAUCUUACGCAAUCGUGGUUGUGGGUGAGACUCCAUAUGUGGAGACAUUUGGCGAUAGUCUUAACUUGACUAUAGCUGAACCGGGUACGAAUGUGAUUGAGAAUGUGUGUGGAUCUGUUAGAUGCGUUGUGGUUUUGAUAUCUGGAAGGCCGAUUGUAAUCGAACCGUAUUUGGAAAAGAUUGAUGCUUUGGUGGCGGCUUGGUUACCUGGAACGGAAGUGGAUGGUGUGACCGAUUUGUUGUUUGGUGAUUAUGGUUUUACUGGGAAACUCGCAAGGACUUGGUUUAGGAAUGUUGAUCAAUUACCAAUGAAUGUUGGUGAUUCUCAUUAUGAUCCUUUGUUUCCUUUUGGAUUUGGACUCACAACUCAGCCAAUUGUGUAAUCAAGAAAAUGAAUAAAACCCUUUUGUUUUAUGUA